UUUAUUAAUCAAUGUCAAAAAAUUUGUUAAAAUUUAUGAUGUUUUGAAAAUGUAAAAUAUAAUCGAGAUUCGAACUGUUCUGGGCAGACCGGUGUUCUGGUCAGAUUUAUAGGUUAUGUAUCUGCAUAAAUGUAAAUAGCAAAUGACUUAGUGAUUGUUGUGAAACAUUUUUUAAUAAAAAUAUGAGUAGAAAAGGUGGUCGACCAAAGCAUAAUGCUUGGGAUGAAUUGUGUUUCUUUCCCAAAAAUGAUGUCAAUGGGAAAAAUGUUGCUUUAUGUGCUAUAUGCAACAAGAUCUUGCAAAAUACAGCAAUUGACAGGUUAAAAAGUCACAGAAGAACAUGUAUCUUGUUGGACACUGUAAACGAAGAUCUAAAUGAUAGAAAUAAUCAAAAUGUCUGUUUGGAAACAUCUAAAAUGAGUUUAAGCGAAAGUCAGCUAUCAGCGAUUGAGACAAUUGAUAUUGAAAUGGAAAACAAUAAUUCUAUAAUUGAAUGCAAUAAAAAUUGCAAUAGUUCCAUUUCAAAAAUGAAACAGCCACGUCAAUAUCAACCACGCAUAAAAUCUUUCCUGGAUGUGGUAAGUGAAAAAGAAAAAAUUGAAUUAAACGAAGCAUUUGCAAACCUUUUUUUUGGAUGUAAUGUGGAUCCAAAAGUCGCUGAUUCAGAUUAUUUUAAGCACUGCAUUAAGUUACUGCGUCCUGGUUACGUUUCGCCUACAUGCGAGGAAAUAUCGACGACACUUAAAUAAAUGUUACGAAAAUUUCGA